UAAUGUCGCUUGUCAUACAGUUUUUUCUGUUCGGUUCGCUAUUCAGUAAUGUGAAGUUACGGUGUUUAAGAAAAAAUAAUUAUAUUUCCUGUUAAAUAAUUGUUGUUUUUAGUACUGAGGUGAGUUUUUGUUACGUACAGGUAUAGACUGAGGCAAAGCGUGCGCACUGCAAGUGGGUUUUUCAUCGAAUUUUGCCGGUUUUAUUAACAUUAUUUCAGCCAUAAGGGCCAGUGUUGCUGGAGCAGAGCUAUGCACAAUAUAAAUCCAGAAGGUCAAUACAUGAACGUAAAUGGAGGGCAUAAUACAGAGAAGAUUUGCAUUUUGGAUGCUGGUGCCCAAUAUGGGAAGGUUAUCGAUAGAAAAGUUAGAGAAUUGAAUGUCGAAUCCGACAUCUUGCCCCUGGACACGCCAGCUUUCUCCAUCAAGGAAGCAUCAUAUAGAGCGAUUAUCAUUUCAGGCGGGCCAAGCUCUGUGUAUGCGGAAGAUGCACCCAGAUACGAUGCAGAUAUUUUUCGAAUAGGAAUUCCUGUUCUAGGUAUUUGCUACGGUAUGCAGAUGAUGAACAAGGAGUUCGGUGGAACUGUAAUGAGAAAAGAGAGUAGAGAAGAUGGUCAGUUUCUAAUAGAAAUCAACACCAAGUGUUUGUUGUUCAAAGGAUUAGACAAAGUUCAAGAAGUCCUAUUGACCCAUGGAGAUUCAAUAGAAAAAGUAGCAGACAGCUUUAAGCCAAUAGCACAAUCUCAGGCUUUCAUAGCGGGAAUUAGUAACGAAAAACUAAACCUUUUUGGGGUUCAAUUUCAUCCCGAAGUCGAUUUAACCGUUAAUGGCAAAACAAUGUUGAAGAAUUUUCUCUUUGACAUUUGUGCACUAACCGGGAACUUUACAAUUCAAAAUCGAGAGGAGCAAUGUAUCAAAUAUAUAAAGGAAACAGUUGGUAUGAAUAAGGUCCUUCUGCUAGUUAGUGGCGGUGUAGACAGUACAGUUUGCGCAGCUCUUUUCCACAAAGCCCUAAGAUCAGAUCAGGUCAUUGCGAUUCACAUUGACAAUGGUUUUAUGAGGAAACAUGAGAGCGCCAAAGUACACGAUUCGUUGCAGAAGUUAGGUCUCGACUUAAAGGUGAUCAAAGCGGCAGCGACGUUCUCUGAAGGCAGCACAGUGGUUCCUAUUGAUAAAGACGGUAAUGCAAGAACACGCGUUACUAAAAUGUUAUGUAACACGGCGAAUCCAGAGGAGAAACGAAAAAUAAUAGGAGAUAUUUUUGUUAAAAUAUCCGACGAAAUAAUCGCGGAUCUAAAAUUGAAGCCUGAAGAAGUGUUAUUAGGACAAGGAACUUUGAGGCCUGAUUUGAUAGAAUCAGCGUCCUCACUUGUAUCAGGAAAAGCGGACACAAUCAAAACGCAUCAUAACGAUUCCGGAUUGAUAAGAAAGUUAAGAGAAGAAGGCCGAGUUGUAGAACCUCUAAAAGACUUUCACAAAGAUGAGGUUAGGAUAAUAGGAAAAGACUUGGACUUACCUGCCGAGCUGGUCAUGCGACAUCCUUUCCCUGGCCCCGGUUUGGCCAUUCGAAUCUUAUGCGCAGAGGAACCGUAUAUGGAGCGAGAUUUUUCAGAAACUCAAGUACUUGUUAAAAUUCUAGUCGAGUUUGAUCAAAUGCUUCAGAAGAAGCAUGCGUUGCUCAAUAGGGUGGAAGCUGUUACUACUGAUGAGGAGCGGCUCAUGCUUAGACGAAUAUCAUCCAAACAACGUCUUGCAGCCACAUUGCUGCCAGUACGUACUGUAGGUGUUCAAGGAGAUCGACGCACCUACUCGUAUGCUGUAGGUGUAUCCAGUGAACGAGAACCCGAUUGGUCAGAUAUGUUAUUUUUGGCUCGCUUGAUGCCGCGUGUGUGCCGGAACGUCAACCGCGUGUGUUAUGUAUUUGGUGGUGUGGUUAAAGAACCUUUACCAGAUGUCACACCUACUUACCUGACUAGCCAUGUUUUAGCGACUUUAAGGCAGUGCGACGAUGCAGCUAUGGGGGUGUUACACAGUUCCGGACACAUGGGCUCAGUGAGCCAAAUGGCUGUGAUCUUGAUUCCUUUACAUUUCGAUCGCGACCAAGCGCUUCGAAUACCAUCGUGUCAGCGGUCGAUAGUAAUUCGUCCCUUCUGCACCCAAGAUUUCAUGACUGGUACGGCAGCGCUACCUGGCAGGGAGCUUCCAAUUGAGGUGGUACAGAAAAUGGUUCAAGAAGUAGAAAAAGUACCGGGCAUUUCACGAGUUCUGUACGAUUUAACCUCGAAGCCUCCUGGAACUACCGAAUGGGAAUGAUGUAGCGUUUCAACAUCCGUGUCGUGGUCAGCAACAAAUUUGUAUAAACUAUUGAUUCCUUACUUAAUUAUUGGCCACCUUCGACGAAUUUGCCACGAAACUUAUUGAAAAUAUAUCCGAUCUUUAUUGGUGCAUCACAGUGAAGUGUUUUGGGAAUAUGAUCAAAACCAGGCUCUAAGUAAUGAAGUGCAAGUUCAAAUCCAACGUCAUUUGAAGAUCGAUUGAGAUAUUUUAUGAACCAAUAGAGGUCGAUAUAAUUGUGUUAUCGUUUAUUUCGUACGUACUAGGUAAUUUAGCGGGGCUGUUUACAUAUUUUCUUUAGUAUUUAUUACUGUAACACGGUAACUCUUACUAGAUGAUUUCCUUUCUAUUUCGCUGAAAUUAAUUUUUAUUUCAUACUCGACAAGAUACUUUUUCCAACUCCGGCUGGAUUACUUGAGCUAUGACGAAAAAGGAAUAUAUUUCAUAAAAACUUGCACUGAUAUUUUUGAAUAGCGCAUCCCCAAUGUCCGAUUAAUUAAUUGAGUUAUAUAUUUUGUUAUAGAGUCAUUAAAUUAGUGGUAUAUGAUUAUUCUUGAUAUUUCGAGGAUACUCCAUUAUAUUUCGUUUUAUCGUUUCAUUUAUAUUCUUGUUAUUUUCUUUUUUCCAGUGUUUUCCAGUGUAAAUCAUAUUUACUCGGCUCAAUCAAAAACUCAAAUCGAUUACAUAAUUUAAUAUUAUUUUAACUUUUUCUAUUAUCACUCAUCACUGCGGCAUUACAAGUCUCAUUACAUUGUCAGUAGACAAAGCGGUCACAGUUGGUACGCUUAAAAAAGUUGUACACAGUUCAAUUUUCGUGCCUAUCAAAAGCGUCACGGUUUUUGAAUUGCGUUUAUGGGCACAUCGUAAAAAUGUGAACAAAUUGUGCUACAAUUUACAUUAUCCAUUAAAAAUAAUAUUUACACCUUAAUAUUGUUACGAAAUUGUAUCCUAAUUUAUACGAAGAAAAUAAUUAUCAGUAUAUUCAACUACUUCAAUUCAGUCAAAAGUCGUUUUCAUUUUAAUAUCUUAAAUAAGUACUUAGAGAAGUUUACUUGUCCUUAUGUGCAACACUGUGUUAAACAUUCAUCAACAAAACUGAUGAUUUUUUCUUCAAUUUUUUAAGAUUUACAGAAAGAAAACCUAGUAAAGGAGCGGACGAAAUUGUUAAAAAUUAUACUUCAAAUUUCAAUUGUAAUAAAGCAUUUUUUGUAUGCCGUAUUUAUUGUUUUAUGUUAAAUAAAUUCUGUUUAAUACAGCACGAAGUUUAUUUGA